AGCAAUAUCCACAUCAGUCCUCGUCUGCCAAACUGGAAAAUGAAAUUCUAAAAAACCAAGCCAACAAAAACUUCAGACUCAAACCCAACCAACAAAGAUCCCUUAUUAAAUGACACUAAACCAUACCUCCAUGAUCCAUCAAACGAGGCGGCUUAGCAAGUCAAAGUCAACUAUAUUAUUAUAUUAUAAACCAUAUCCAUCUUGCCCAAACUAUACUCUCUCUCUCUCUCUCUCUAAUAAUGCUUACCUCUCUCUCAUUCUCACAAAUUAUUUUGAUCCAUAACAAGAACAUCAAUCUAAUCAAAGAACUAAAUCCAAACCCAAUCACAAUUAAAACCCAGAAAACACCACUAAUCACCUCAAACACCGGUAAAAUAUAAUAAGCGUGUUCUAGCCGGCAUGUUGUCCAUAUAUUGAUUACAUUCACGUCUCAUCUUCUCUCCACCAUGACCAACAAACCAUUGCUUCAUAGCUGUCAUGGCACCACUCAUCUCCACAAUGAUUCCAUUACUACAACUACUACUAUUAUUCACCAUCCAACCCAAACCAUCCUUAGCUUUGCAACUUCUCUCCACCUUCACAUCCACAAAGUCUCCAUGGAACUUCUCCGAUGAUCUCCUUCUGGUCUCCUCCGACCAAGUCUUCGCGGCCGGGUUCCGCACGUCUCCUCCUUCCUUCGCCGUCUUUGUCUACAAUUCUACAAACCAAACCACUGUUUGGUCUGUAAAGACGUCUCCUUUAUCAUCCAUUGUGAUCUCAUCGUCCGGUGAAGCAUCACUUAAUGACUCCUCCGGCCGGAACAUCUUCUCCAACGCUGCCAUUUCCAACGAUACCAAGCUCGUCCUCAACAACGAUGGUAGCUUGGUUCUCAACAACUGGACGAGCUUUGACUCCCCUACUGAUACAAUCCUCGCCAACCAAGCUAUUCACUCUAAUGGAACCUCUCUAACGUCGAGCAAUGGCAAGUACCAGUUCAUCAACGCCACGAAUCUCGUGUUCAAUAACAACAGUACUUAUUGGGGACCGAGCAAUGUUGGCGCAAUCCGGAAUCUCUCGUCUGAUGGGAAGCUUAUCGGGGAUGGGGGUAGCUUAAUCGCUUCCAACUUCGGCAGCACGCGUGCGCUCCGGCGACUCACUCUGGACUCGGACGGGAACUUAAGAGUCUACAGCCUUCGCCGUUCCGGCGGUUGGAGGAUGGUUUGGGAGGCCGUGCAAGAGAGAUGCACAGUCAAAGGAACGUGUGGGCCGAAUGCUAUCUGCGUGCCUGAGAACUAUAACGAACCGUCGUGCGUUUGCCCGCCGGGAUACCGAUGGACAAACGUCGAACAAGUUGCGUGCGUGCUUAAAACGAAUUUCUCCGGCGCUGACAGCAAGUUCCUCCGGCUUGACUUCGUGGCGUUCGACAAUGGGCCGGGGACCGUGGAUAGUACGCCGCAAUCCUUCGAUGAUUGCCGAACCAAGUGCUUGGUCAACUCCAGCUGCGCUGGAUUCAGCUACAGAUACAACGGCGAUAGAUAUUGCUUGCAAUACAGCGAACAGCUUGCCUACGGUUACUGGUCGCCGGCGACGAAGACCGUGACGUACAUCCGAGUGGCGAGGUCGGAGAGAGACGUGAGCAACUUCACCGGGAUGACCUCUUUGGUAGACACGGUGUGCCCAGUGAACAUCAGCCUCCCGGAACCGGCCAAGGAGUCGAAGACCACAGCGCGGAACCUUGCCAUCAUAAUCACUUUGUUCGCAGCCGAGCUCCUCGUCGCCGUCAUGUCCUUUUGGGCGUUCCUAAGCAAGUACUCCAAGUACCAGGACAUGGCCCGGGCCUUCGGGUUAGAGUUCCUCCCCGCCGGCGGACCCAAACGGUUCUCCUACGCCGAGCUUAAGGCAGCCACCAACGACUUCUCCAACCUCCUCGGUCGAGGCGCGUUCGGCCAGGUCUUCAAAGGCGAGCUCCCCGACCACCGUGUGGUCGCCGUGAAACGGCUGAAAAACGUGGACACCGGCGAGGCCGAGUUCUGGGCGGAAGUCACCAUUAUCGCGCGGAUGCAUCACCUGAACCUCGUCCGCAUGUGGGGCUUUUGCGCGGAGAGAGAACAGCGCAUGCUCGUCUAUGAGUACAUCCCCAAUGGCUCUCUCGACAAGUACCUCUUCCAGCCAAGAGGAAUGAAGAUGAACAACGCCAUAGACACGCCUGAGAGACCUCUUCUAGAUUGGAACAUCAGGUAUAGGAUCGCAGUGGGAGUGGCGCGCGCCAUUGCUUACCUUCACGAAGAGUGCUUAGAAUGGGUGCUACAUUGUGACAUCAAACCGGAGAACAUCCUCUUGGAAGAUGAUUUCUGUCCCAAAGUCUCCGACUUUGGGUUGUCGAAGCUGGCGAACAAGGAGGACAUGGUGAGCAUGUCGAACGUGCGGGGAACUCCAGGGUACAUGGCGCCGGAGUGGGUGAUGCCGGGUCAACACGUCACAGCUAAAGCUGAUGUCUUUAGCUUCGGUAUGGUGCUGCUGGAGAUCGUCUCCGGCGAGAGGAACAAUGAGUUCCGGCAGUCGACGAUGGUGAGUGAGGAAUGGUAUUAUCCAAAGUGGGCGUUUGAGAAGGUGUACCUGGAGAAGAAGGUGGAGGAUAUACUUGAUAGAAGGAUACUGGAUAAGUUUGAUGAUAGAGAGCACUUUGCACUGGUGGAUAGGAUGGUGAAGACGGCCAUGUGGUGCUUGCAAGGCCGGCCGGAGAUGAGGCCGUCCAUGGGGAAGGUGGCGAAGAUGCUUGAGGGAUCAGUGGAGAUCAUGGAGCCUGAAAAACCCACCAUUUUCUACUUGGGAGAUGCCCAUUGAUAUGAGUUCCAUGAAUGAGACCAAUUGAGACCUUUGAAUGAGCAAACAGAGAUGAAUUCAAAUGGACAAAUUGUGAGGAAGUAAUCAAAGCAGUUCAUGUGUUCAUGAAUUGUUUGAUUCUGUUUCAAGUAUAUAUAGACAAUAAUGUGUAUAAGUUUUCUUAUAGAUAAUCAAGAUAGAAUAAGAGAUUGAUUCUGAUUAUUUGUUUAGGCAUUUUGGUCUGAAUACUUUAAAAAGUUGAGCAAUUGAAUGAAAUGUAAGAACAGAAGGAAAGUUGUUAAAACAGAGAUGUUUUUGCU